GCCGCGCUCUUGGCGGCUCUUCCGUUACGCGCUCCCAUCCGCGCCGCUCCCUGAGGAAGCGGUGUUUUGGCCGCGUCCAACUCUCUGCCCGUUGUAGCGGCCCCGCCGGCGGUGAGGACAGGUAGGACGGGGAGCGGUUGGCCCUGUGGGUCUGCAGUGGUUGGAGGCGGCCGCGGUGGAGCGAAGGUUGCGAUCCUUUCCCUCUGCUCGGCGCUGAGUGAGGUUUAAAUGGAACAACGGAUUGAACAAAGAUCUAUCUUCAUAUUAGAGUAAUGGAUAAAUUCCAAGAAUUUACAAGUAACCCUUUGCUGAUCUGAGUAACAUAAAGAGAUGGUUCUAUAGGAGACUGAAAGUAACAUAAUAAAAGUACUCAUGGGUAAGAGAAAGGAAGAAAGUGUUUCAAAGCUUCCAUCCCACAAAAGACAGAGACAAGAACAUACAGAUGAACAUAGUGAUGAGUCCAGUGAGGAAGAAAACUCCCAGUUUUCAGCUGAUAAUAGUUUCUCUUUAACAUCGACUGUAGGAGAAGCUGGGAUAAUUGAAAGUAUCCAGCUGAAGAACUUCAUGUGCCAUUCGAUGUUGGGGCCUUUUCAGUUUGGAUCAAAUCUCAAUUUUAUUAUUGGAAACAAUGGAAGUGGAAAAAGUUCUGUUUUAACUGCGCUGAUUGUUGGACUUGGAGGAAAAGCCACUGCUACUAAUAGAGGUUCCUCAUUAAAAAUGUUUGUAAAAAGUGGAGAGACUUCUGCAGAUAUCUCAGUAACACUGCAAAACCAAGGCAGAGAUGCAUUUAAACCAGAACUGUACGGUGACUCUAUUAUUGUGAAUACACACAUUAACCUGGAAGGGAGCAGAACUUACAGACUGAAAAGCAAAUCUGGCGCUAUCAUUUCUUCAAAGAAGGAGGAACUCUUAGGAAUGCUGGAUCACUUUAACAUACAGGUAGAAAAUCCUGUGUCUGUGUUAACCCAAGAGAUGAGUAAGCUCUUCUUACAGUCUAAAAAUGAGGGUGACAAGUAUAAGUUCUUUAUGAAGGCAACUCAGCUGGAACAAAUGAAAGAAGAUUAUUCAUAUAUCAUGAAAACUAAAGAAAAUACACGUCUUCAGAUAGAACAAGGAGUAGAGCGUCUAAAAGAGCUUAAGCGAAUUUACUGUGAAGAAAAGGAACGCUAUGAAAGCAUCGAGUGUGUGAAUGAAAUGCAAAAGCAUCUUGAAGAGCUGAAACAUAAAAUGGCAUGGGCAGUGGUGGCUGAGAUGGAGAGAGAAAUACAGCCGAUCAGAGAAGGCAUCAAAGCUGAAGAAGGAAAUACUGAAAAGUUUGAUCAGAAGCUGGAAGAAUGUCAGAUAAAAAUAAAUGAAGCAGAAGAACAGUGCAAAGCAAUACAAGAGAAGUUGAUAACAGUAAAUGGUGAAGCAGAAGCCCUGCAUGCUCAGUGUAUGUCUUCAAAAGCUGAAGUUCAGACAAGAAGAAAAGCAGUCAAUGAAGCUGAGGUGCUUUAUAAUCGCGUCAGAACUGAGUUGAAACGUCUGGCAAAAGAUGAUGAACAACUACGUAACCGAAUUGAGGAAAUGAAAAAGAGAGCUUAUCAGGCUUCAGAGCCUGAAAGGCUGGAAAAACAAAGGAAAAUUACACAGUUAAAGGAGAAGCUGAAGGCACUUCAUGAUGAAGAAAUAAUGAUGGGCCAACAGAUGGAUCAGUUUCAGCAAGCUAUUUAUAAGCAUAAAGAAGAGUUUGCUAAACUUAAGAGAGAAGACUCUGAUGUGAGACAAGACUUGGAUGGUAAACAGAAGCACCUGAGAGAGCUGAGAGAUAGUAAAACAAAUGCCUUUAAAAGAUUUGGACAACAUAUGCCAUCAUUGCUUGAAGAAGUUGAAAAAGCCUAUAGGCAAGGGCAAUUUAAAUACAAACCUGUUGGACCUUUAGGUGCUUUCAUUCAUCCAAAAGAUCCUGAACUGUCCCUGGCUAUUGAAGCUUGUUUAAAGACCUUAGUUCAGGCAUUUUGCUGUGAUAAUCAUAGUGAUGAAAGAAUUCUUCAGCAACUGAUGUCAAAAUAUUAUCCACGUGGGGCUAGACCUUCAAUAAUUGUAAAUAAAUUUCAUGAUAAGAUUUAUGAUGUUAGACACAGUGGAGUUCAUCAUCCAGAGUUCCCGUCAGUUCUCACAGCGUUGGAAAUAGAUGGUGCAGCGGUUGCUAACUGUUUGAUCAAUGUGAGGGGUAUAGAAAAAGUCCUGCUAAUUAAAAGUAGCUAUAAAGCUCGUGAAGUAAUGCAGUCUAACAAUCCUCCAAAAAAUUGUAGAGAAGCUUUCACUGCUGAAGGUGAUCAAGUGUUUAACAGACGAUAUUAUUCUUCUGAUUACCUCAGACCCAAGUAUCUAAGCAAAGAUGUUGAAGCAGAAAUAAGUCUCUUGGAGAAUGAAGUUGCAAGCCGGAAAGCACAGUUGGCGGCAUCUCAGCAACGUUUGUCUUCCACUGAAAAUGAAAUUAAGCAGAAUGAAAGUCAUCUUCAUCAUCAUCGACAACACCAAAAAGAACUACAGAUAAAAAUACGAAGAACAGCUGCAGAAAUAGCAGAUCUUGAGAAUGUCGAUGAAAUCCAGUAUAUGGACAUCCGUGUAUUAGAAGACGUGGCUGAAGAAAACAAAAAAAAGAUGGAAACUGUAAAACAAGAAAUGCAGGAAGAAAGCAGAAAAAUGGAAGAACUGAAUGAGAUACUUCGGGCAGCUGAGAAAAGAUUUGAAGAAAUUAAAGAGAAAAUGAGUCAAGUAGAAGAUAUCACUAAUCCAAUUAAGGAUGAAUUGGACAAAGCAGACUCAGAAGUGGAAAACAGAAGACGUCGUUUGCAGUACUAUGAAGACAAAAAGAAAGAACAUUUGACUUGCAUAAAAAAACAUAAAGAAUUACUAGCUGCCAAAGAGAAAGAAUUGGAGGAAAAAACUGCACAGGCUAGGCAAAUCUACUCAGAGCGCAUAGAAGUCAGCCGUACUGUGAAGAGUCUUGAUGCAGAAAUGAAUCGCUUGAGAGAGAGGAUAAAGACAGAAAAAAGUCACCGUGGAAACACAGAAGAAAUAAUACAGCGAUUUCUUGAUGCAAAGGAAAGAUAUGAAGAUGCAAACAGCAAAGUAAAUAACUUAAAGAAAUUUAUUAGGGUGCUGGAAGAAAUAAUGACACAGAGAUUCAACAUAUAUCGUCGGUUCUUAAGGCUCCUUUCCUUACGAUGCAAACUGUACUUUGACCACUUACUGCGCAUUCGAGGCUGCAGUGGAAGAAUACUUUUUGAUCACAAAAAUGAGACACUUUUGAUAACAGUUCAGCCUGGAGAGGAGGACAGACCUGCCCCAAGCAAUGUGAGAUCUUUAUCAGGAGGCGAACGUUCCUUCUCAACAGUUUGUUUCAUUCUUUCUCUGUGGUCCAUUACUGAAUCUCCUUUCAGAUGCCUGGAUGAAUUUGACGUCUACAUGGAUAUGCUCAACAGAAGAAUUGCAAUGGAUAUGAUUCUGAAGGUGGCUGACUCUCAGUGUUAUCGGCAGUUCAUUUUGCUCACCCCGCAAAGCAUGAGUUUUCUGCCUGUAAGUUCCCGUAUUCGUAUCCUCCGAAUGCAAGACCCCGAAAGAGGCCAAAGAACAUUGACGUUCCGUAAUAGGAACGAAGAAGAGGAAGAUGAUUAAGUAUAAGGCAUGUGAAUAUGGCACAAUAUUGGGGAUAAAUGUGCACUGACGUCUGUAAAGUUGCUGUUUCCUAUUGUUGGGUAAGAGGAUUUUUUCUUAUAUACCCUCAGGAAAAGAAGCUUCUGUAUUUUAUAUUUUGUUUGUUUACUCUUAGAAGGACUUGUAUAUGUUUUUACAGCACGAGGUUUUCCUGGUAAAAUCUUUACAGCUCAGCUCAUACUUUUAACAAACAACUAUUUGAGUGUUUCUGUUUAUGGGGGGAGAGGGUGGAUGGAAGAGGAAUAUGACAUGAAUUUUGUGUAACUGCAAAGUUAUAUUUUAAUAAACAGACCUCCAGAACUA